AGUGAUUGACAACCCGCUCCAACUAUCUAUCUUCGAAAGGCCAAUACUUUGCCGUGUGAUUAGGAUUUAUCUAUCCUCGGAACUCACCUCCCCUUUUCUCAGACAUGUCAGGUUUGAGCUUAAUGGAUAUGGACCCCUAAAUGAAGAUAUUGCUGUUGUGAAUCAAGCACCAGGAUGUACAUCUCCACUCCAUGGUGAACCUCUUGGGAUUAAAGAUGGCUCCAUACCAGACUCUAGUAUCACUACUUCUUAUGAGGUAUCUUGUAGUGGAUUCAUGUCAAAGGCUACAAUGGGGAGACUCGAUCAUAGUGAUGAAAUAAAUCAUUCUGGCCAGUGUAAUGAAGCUUCUGACGCUAGUCACGAUUCUGAUAUUUGGGUCAAGAUAGAUCUUGGAGAACCUUCUUCCGUUACUGGUAUUAUCACCCAAGGAGCGCCUUACUAUCCAUAUUGGGUUACGUCUCUUUCCAUUUCCUAUUCGUUGGAUGAUGUAUCAUGGAUUUUCGUCAUGGAAUGUGGUUAUCGAAAGGUAUUCGAUGCAAACUUCGAUAUGGAUUCCCAAGUGACUGUGGUUCUCCCUCGACCAAUCAACGCACAAUACAUCAGAAUGCAUCCAGUCACCUUUAACAUAAUCCCAUCCAUGAGGUUCGAACUACUUGGUGUAAAACAUACUAUUGAAUGAUAAACGCGUUUUAAAACUGA